CAUCAUGAGUCUCCUGGGGCGGGUAGCUGUGCGUCGAGCCAGGAAAGCCGCCCUGCUCUGUCUAGUGUUUCUGAUGGCGCGAGCGUGGAGCAGCGCCUCCCUGGCGUUGGCGGGGGCGGCGGCACCGGGCCCUCAGGGCUGCCCGCUGGAGUGCUCGUGCAGUAGUCAGCUGAGCAAGGUGGUGUGCACCCGGCGUGGCCUCAGUCGGGUGCCACCGGGGAUACCCGGCAACACACGCCACCUCAACCUGAUGGAGAACGUCAUCGAGGCGGUGCAGGCCGACUCCUUCAGGCACCUGCAUCACCUGGAGGUUCUCCAGCUGGGCCGCAACGCAAUCCGGCAGAUCGAGGUGGGCGCUUUCAACGGCCUCACAAGCCUGAACACGCUGGAGCUAUUUGACAAUCGGCUAACGGUGGUACCCAGUGGCGCCUUCGAAUACUUGUCAAAACUACGGGAAUUAUGGCUGAGGAACAAUCCCAUUGAGAGCAUCCCGUCAUACGCUUUCAACCGGGUGCCCUCGCUGAUGCGCCUGGACUUGGGUGAGCUGCGCAAGCUGGAGUACAUCUCCGACGGCGCCUUCGAGGGCCUGCACAACCUCAAGUACCUCAACCUGGGCAUGUGCAACAUCCGGGGGGAGAUGCCCAACCUGAGUCCUUUGCUGGGUCUAGAGGAGCUGGAGAUCUCGGAGAACCUUUUCUCCGAGAUCAAACCGGGCUCCUUCCGGGGACUGCGCUCGCUCAAGAAGCUGUGGGUGAUGAACUCACAGAUUGGGACAAUCGAGCGCAACGCCUUCGACGACCUGAGCUCGCUGGUGGAACUGAACCUGGCCCACAACAACCUGAGCACCCUGCCGCACGACCUAUUCGCCCCACUCAGGUACCUGGUGGAACUGCAUCUACACCACAACCCCUGGAACUGUGGCUGCGAAGCCCUGUGGCUGGCGCGCUGGCUGCGGGAGUACAUCCCCACAAACUCCACUUGCUGUGGCCGAUGCCACGCGCCGGCCCACAUGCGGGGGCGCCAGCUAGUGGAGGUGGACCGGGGGGAGACGGGCGUGCUCCAGUGCUCCGCCCCCUUCAUAGGCGACGCGCCGCGAGACCUGAACAUUUCGGCCGAGCGCGUUGCGGAGCUCCGUUGCCAGACUGCGCCGAUGUCCUCUGUGCGGUGGCUGCUGCCCAACGGGACUGUCCUGACGCACGCGUCGGGGCACCCACGGAUCUCCGUGCACAACGACGGAACGCUCAACUUCUCCAACGUCUUGGCAGCUGACACCGGCACCUACACAUGCAUGGUGUCUAACGCUGCCGGCAACUCGAACGCCUCGGCCUACCUCAACGUGAGCGCGGCCGAGCUAAACACAUCCAACCUCAGCUACUUCACCACAGUGACCGUGGAGGUCUUUGGCCCGACCACGGAGAUGCCCAAGCCUAAGACCACGACGACCGCCCCGAAUGCUUCUGGCGGGAGAGGAGAAGGAGGGGGGGCGGGAGGAGGGGCGGGGGGCGCUGGCACCACUACCACCACCGCCUCGCCCUCCGUGUUUCAGCCCGUCUUCAUCUCUACACCCACCGUGCUUCUACAGAGCACCGACGGCAAGCCCGGCGCCCGACCAUCAGCCGUACCCGCUUCCAAAGCCGUCACGGUCAAGCCAUCCAACACCGGCACCAGCUUGGACGAGGUGAUGAAGACCACUAAGAUCAUCAUCGGCUGCUUCGUGGCCGUCACACUGCUGGCCGCCGUCAUGCUCAUUGCCUUUUAUAAACUGAGGAAGCGCCACCAGCAGAGAAGCACGGUGGCAGCCGCCCGCACAGUGGAAAUCAUCCAGGUGGACGAGGAGGACCUGCCGCCGCCAGCAUCAGCCGCCAACGACAUCCGUGAACACACGCUGCCCGAGAUACGAGACCACAACAGCAUCCACAAACUGGAUUAUAUCAGCCACAAAACAGACUAUGGCUUCCACAAGCCCAAAGCAGAAUACAAGGCCGACUACACAAUCCACAAACCCAAACCGGACUACAUUAUUCACAAGCCCAAAGCUGAGUACACCACCUAUAAACCCACCACAGACUACCCAACACACAAAUCCACACCAGACUUCAGCCUUCAUAGACAAAAGGCUGAUUAUAGCCCAUUCAGACCUGAAUAUAGUACUCACAAGCAGCCUAAAGCAGAUUAUAGCCCAUUCAAACAUGACUACAGUACCCACCCGAGAACACCUAAAGUAGAAUAUAGCCCCUUCAAACCAGAUUAUGGUACACAUCCAAAACCCAAACCAGACUACAGCCCAUUCAAACAUGAUUACAGCACUCACCCACGACCUAAACCAGAAUACAGUCCCUACAAACCCGACUACAGCACUCAGCCCAAAUCCAAACCGGAAUACAGCACCCACAAACCCAAACCAGACAACAGUCAAUACAAACCCAAAUCAGAAUACACCCCGAAGGGUGUCCCAGACUACACCAUCUUCAAGUCAGACUACAACAGCCCCCACAAACCGGAUUACAGCAUCUUCAAAUCAGACUACAACAGCCCCCACAAACAGGACUACGCAAACCAGAAAACUAAAAUGGAUUACAGCCCCCACAAAGCGGACUACACCAGCCCCCACAAAGCGGACUACACUAGUCCACACAAGGUGGACUACAGCACCCUUAAGCCCAAAUACAACACGUACAAGCCAGCGGGACACGGGGCUAAAUGGACAGAGAACAACAUUGGCAACUCUCUCCCUCGAACCUUGCCCAGCACCGUCUCAAACCUCCCAGAGCCCUUUGCCAUAAAAACUCACACCAAGGAAAAGGUGCAGGAGACUCAGAUUUAACGCCACCCCCCUCUCACAAGCCCACCUCCCCAGCCCCCUCCCAACUCCGUGCCCCAUAGACCCCCACCCCCUAACUACAUGCAAUAGAAUGCACAACGAAGGAAAAAAGGACAGGAACUUUCUUUUGUACAGAGUGCAAAAACUUAAAGACUGAUUAUUUCUUGAUGUACAUGCUUAUAAAUAAAUCUAUAUAUGAAAAAUUGAAACUACCAUGGGCUGGUGAUAGAGAAGCAUAUUAUAUUAAAAAUAAAUAAAUUGAAACUAUUUUCUAACUUGUAACUAUUUAAAAAGACGAGUUGUUUAAGAUGCUGUCUUGACUUUGAGAAAUGAGGGUGGUCUUGUUUUAAAAGGGGCAUUCUGUGAUUUUUAAAACCAAUGCUACAGAGAAUGCAGUGGAAGAAAAAAACAAAAAAAAAAACAACAUUUAUAC